AUGGCUUCCAAUUGUUUGAGUCAUGUGAUGGGAAUUGAGACUCUUGAAAUCACAGCAAAACCAAACUGGCUUGAACUCCCUAGAAACAUCACAAUAAACAUACUGCAGAGACUUGGUACACUUGAAAUAGUGACAAAUGCAUCUGUUGUGUGCCCUCUCUGGUGGAAAAUUUGCAAGGACCCUAUCAUGUGGCGCACCAUUGACAUGGUUACUGGUAUCUCUCUGUCACACUCUAAUAACUUUGAAUCUUUUUAUCGAUUAGUGAAGAUUUGUCGCUAUGCUGUCGAUAGAAGUUGUGGUCAUCUCGAAAACAUUUACAUCAAAAAAUUUGGGAAUGAUGAUCUCCUUCUUCACAUAGCUAACAGUGCAAGUCAACUGAGAUGUAUUUGGCUUGACGGAUGUUCUGCCAUUUCAAAUGAAGUAUUCGAGGAAAUUGCGAAGAGGCAGCCAUUCUUAGAAGAGCUUGACAUUUGUCAUUGUUCUUUCCUAAGCAAAGAUUUGUUUGAACAUAUUGGCAGAUGUUGUCCACUUUUGAAGUCUCUGAAAUAUAGUCCUCCUAAUGAGGUAGCAGGUGACAAUAAGUGUGAUGAUGUUGCAUUCGCCAUUGCAAAAACAAUGCCUAAGCUCAGGAACCUUACGAUUUUGAAUAAUGAACUCACCAACAACGGAUUAUUAGCUAUUCUAGAUGGAUGCCCUCUUCUUGAAUCUCUUGACAUUCGAGGAUGUGUUUAUGUUGAUUUGGAUGGAAGUUUGGGGAAAAGAUGCAAUGAGCAGAUCAAAGUGUUACGUUUUCCGGCCGAAUCUAUAGAUCACAAGUUUGAUCGUUACGAUUACACAGACUAUAUUUAUCACGGUUUUAUGAUGUGUAAUAUUAAUGAUAUUGGUAAUAUUGAUCUUUCUUGGAUAAAUGAGAUUCCAGAAAGCGAUGUUUCUGAUUUUGAUUUUUCUUAA